GAAAAAUAAUAGAAAAAGAAGGUGCACUUGGAUCCCGAUCUUCUGCUUUUGUUCUAUAAACAAAACAUGGGGUUCCACCCUCUACAAUCCCAAAACAGAUCACCUGUUCUCUUCUCUAAGCAAUGCCUGCAACUCUAAGGAAUCUCCUGCUUUCUUCCAAUAUCUUCUCCUUCACCUUACUUCUCUCAAUAAACUCUCUUCUUUUCCAUCAUUGUUACUCGAUUGAUGAGCAGGGGCAAGCUCUUUUAACAUGGAAGAACAGCCUGAACAGCACCGCAGAUGCUCUAAAAUUGUGGAAUUCAUUAGACCCUACUCCAUGCAAAUGGUUUGGUAUUCAUUGCAACUCCAAUGGCGAAGUAGAGGAGAUAAGCUUGAAAGCAAUUGAUUUGCAAGGCUCAUUGCCUUCAAACUUUCAGUCUCUAAUAUCUUUGAGGACCCUUGUACUUUCAUCGACCAAUCUCACUGGCACAAUUCCUAAAGAAUUCGGAGAUUAUUAUGAGCUCACUUUUGUUGAUCUCAGUGACAAUUCUCUCUCAGGUGAAAUCCCCCUGGAAAUUUGCAGGCUGAGCAAACUGAAAAGUUUGUCACUAAACACAAACUUUCUUGAAGGUGAAAUUCCAUCAGGAAUUGGAAAUCUUUCCAGUCUUGUUUACCUGACACUCUAUGACAAUCAACUCAGUGGUGAAAUCCCAAAGAGCAUAGGAGAAUUGAGAAAGCUAGAAGUUUUUCGAGCAGGUGGGAAUAAAAAUCUCAAGGGUGAGCUGCCUUGGGAGAUAGGAAACUGCACCAACUUGGUUUUGUUAGGCCUUGCUGAAACUGGCAUUUCUGGAAAUCUUCCUUCAUCAAUUGGAAUGCUGAAAAGGAUUCAAACCAUAGCCAUAUAUACAUCUUUGUUAUCAGGUCCUAUCCCAGAAGAGAUUGGAAAUUGCAGUGAGCUGCAGAAUCUUUACCUCUAUCAGAAUUCUAUCUCUGGUCCAAUCCCCAGGCAAGUUGGUCAGCUCAGCAAACUCCAGAGUCUACUAUUGUGGCAGAACAGCUUAGUUGGUACUAUCCCGGAUGAGCUUGGAAGCUGCACGGAGCUAACUGUGGUGGAUUUUUCGGAGAAUCUUCUGACAGGUAGCAUACCAAGAAGCAUCGGAAACCUUUUGAAGCUUCAAGAGCUUCAACUGAGUGUUAAUAAGCUAUCAGGUACCAUUCCUUCUGAAAUUUCAAAUUGCACGGAGCUGGCUCAUCUGGAAAUUGACAACAACGCCAUCUCCGGUGAGAUUCCUGUCCUCAUUGGCAACCUAAAGAGCUUGACUCUAUUCUUUGCCUGGCAAAAUAACCUCACGGGUAAUAUUCCAGACAGCCUUUCUCAGUGCCAUGAUCUUCAGGCACUUGAUUUAUCCUACAAUGGCCUCUUUGGUUCAAUCCCAAAAGAAAUUUUUGGUUUGAGAAACCUCACCAAGCUACUGCUACUUUCCAAUGAUUUAUCUGGUUUUAUACCGCCAGAUAUAGGAAACUGCACCAAUCUGUACAGGUUACGAUUGAAUGGCAAUAGACUUGCAGGAACAAUUCCAUCAGAGAUUGGAAAUUUGAAGGGCUUGAAUUUCGUUGACUUAAGCAAGAAUCGUUUUGUUGGAGGAAUUCCUCCAUCAAUAUCUGGAUGUCAAAACCUUGAGUUUCUUGACCUCCAUUCAAAUGGUCUCACUGGUUCUCUGCCAGAUACUCUGCCUUCAAGCCUACAGUACGUGGACAUUUCAGACAACAGGCUCACAGGUCCAUUGACUCAUAGUAUUGGGUCCUUGACUGAGUUGACUAAGCUAAAUUUGGGAAAGAAUCAACUUUCCGGAAGAAUUCCAUCUGAGAUAUUGUCCUGCAGUAAGCUCCAGUUGGUAAACCUCGGUGACAAUGGUUUCUUUGGUGAAAUUCCCAAGGAACUAGGCCAGCUUCCGGCACUUGAAAUCUCUCUCAAUCUCAGCUGCAACCAAUUUUCUGGUGAAAUCCCAUCUGAGUUCUCUGGGCUUAGCAAGCUAGGAGCACUUGACCUCUCCCACAACAAAUUCAAUGGCAAGCUAGAUGUCCUUGCAAGCCUACUAAACCUUGUAUCCCUCAAUGUCUCCUUCAAUGACUUCUCUGGUGAACUGCCAAAUUCCCCAUUUUUCCGAAAGCUCCCCCUGAGUGACCUUGAAUCAAACAAAGGUCUCUACAUCUCCAAUGGGGUUGUAACUUCAGCUGAUAUUGGACAUGCAAGGCAUGAUAGACCAGCAGUAAAGCUAGCUCUGUCCAUCUUGAUAAGUGCCAGUGCAGUUCUAGUCCUACUUGCUAUAUACAUGUUAGUUCGAGCCCGGUUUGCUAGCAAUGGCCUCAUGGAAGAUGAUAAUUGGGAAGUGACCCUGUAUCAGAAGCUUGACUUCUCGAUUGAUGAUGUUGUCCACAAUUUAACUUCAGCUAAUGUGAUCGGCACUGGGAGCUCUGGGGUUGUAUACAGGGUAAUGAUUCCAAAUGGUGAAACAUUAGCAGUGAAGAAGAUGUGGUCAUCAGAACAGUCUGGUGCAUUCACUUCUGAAAUCCAGACACUAGGCUCAAUCAGGCACAGAAACAUUGUCCGGCUUCUUGGUUGGGGUACAAACAGGAAUUUGAAGCUGCUGUUUUACAAUUACGUUCCAAAUGGAAGCUUGAGUUCACUCCUCCACGGUGCCGGCAAGGGAGCACCAGACUGGGAGGCUAGAUAUGAUGUUGUGCUGGGUGUGGCACAUGCCCUUGCAUACUUACACCAUGACUGUGUGCCUGCAAUUUUGCAUGGGGAUGUGAAAGCUAUGAAUGUCUUAUUAGGUACUGGCUAUGAGCCUUACCUUGCUGACUUUGGGUUAGCUCGAGUUGUGAAUAACAAUGAUGAUGGUAAACUUUCCAAAUUAAAUCCAAGACCACACCUAGCAGGUUCUUAUGGAUACAUGGCUCCAGAACAUGCCACAAUGCAACGUAUUACAGAGAAAAGUGAUGUCUACAGUUUUGGUGUAGUCCUCUUAGAGGUGCUAACCGGCAGGCAUCCGUUAGACCCAACUUUGCCAGGGGGUGCACACUUGGUUCAGUGGGUUCGGGAUCAUUUGGCCAGCAAGCGAGACCCAUCUGAUAUCCUGCACCCAAAGCUUAGAGGGAGGGCUGACCCUGCCAUGCAUGAAAUGCUACAAACACUAGCUGUAUCAUUUCUCUGUGUCAGCACCCGGCCUGACGACCGUCCAAUAAUGAAAGAUGUUGUAGCGAUGCUCAAAGAAAUCCGUCAUGUUGAGACCUUAAGGUCUGAAGCUGACAUUUCAAAGGGGUCCUUAUCAGCCCCUCCUCGCUCAUCACCUCCUCCUAGAAUAGUAGUUUCUCAAGGAUCUUCUAACUGCUCGUUUGCUUUCUCCGAUGAUUCAAUCCAAUCAUCAGGAGGAGGUUUCAAGUAGUAAGCUAUGUGAUACAUAAUUUGUUCAUAGUCCACAGAAGAAUCGAUGCUGUAUCAGCACAAAACAUGGGAGUGGGAAAUGUUAACAGGCCUUUCUUUCCCCCAACCUCCCCCCCCUUUUCUGAGUAGUUGUUUCUCGAGUAUUUGGUAUUGUAGAUUGUAAUAAUUUGAUUACUUAGAUUUCACUUAAAUGUAGUAUAUUAUAUUAGCAAAUGUAACAAAAGAGAGAAAAAGAGAGAGGGAACGUAGGGUGCUUAUGGCACUAUAAGAGGGAUAUCUUGGGACUA